UAAGCUACCGCACCCAUCCUGGACUCUUUGUUUUUUUGUUUGUUUGUUUGUUUGUUUUUAAAUCAUUGGUUUAUAUGAACUCACCUUGAACUUUUCCUGUAAAAGUUCAGGAAUUAUCAGUUUCUCCAGGAAGCCCUGGUUUCUUUUAGAAGAGAUGAUGACAUUCAGAAACAAAGAUCCAGGGCUAGGUGUGUUUAUUGCUACUGGGUGUCAUUUCUAGGCUCUAUGAGUGAGCACAGCUAGGAAAUGAUGGAUAGGUGAUUGACUGAUAGAUGAUAGAUGGACAAUUUUCAUUACUCAGUACGUUUAUUGUUACAACAGCUAGUCCCCACCGACAGGAUUGCAUGGUAAGUCAUUUCACUAUGGAAGUAAUGCUGAUUAUGGAAGUAAUGCUGAUUAUGGAAGUGGAUAGUAAUGUAGGAAAAAAGGAAACUGCACAGAAAAGAGCCUUUGCCUACUCCAGGUCGCCAUGAGUAUACAGGCUGUUGGCUAGGCCCUCUGUGGCUGGGUUCAGCUUCCUGCCGAAGACCUCUAAAGGACUGGUUCUCUGAAGGGUGUCCAAACCAGAACUUCCCAGACGCCAUGACUCUGAGAUCAAGAAUGCACAUGAAGCCCUGGGCAAGGGAUUCACACUCUUUGGGUCUGCUUUAGGUUGUCUUUGAAAUAAAGACAAUGUGAUCAGUCCUGCCUGGGUCCCAGAGUUGUAAGAAUUAAUAUAUUUAUCAGUAGGUUUAUUUUUAAACAUUGCUAGUUGUGUCUCUUCACAUUUGUUACCAAAUUCCUUCUCUUCUCAUUGUUUUAAAACCACGGAGUGAAAUGUCAUUGCUUUAUAAUCUGGUUUUAAUACAUUGUGCUAAGAUGUCUUAUUCAAAUAUUCUUUCAGGUUAUCAGUCAUCAGUGCUUCCAGAUUAAAAUUUUAAUUAUUUAAAUCUUUUUUGAAAAAUACUAUUGAGAUUUGGAUUAGGACAACAUAACAACUAUAAUUAAUUGGGGAUGGGCGGGCUUUGGAAUAAGGCCUAGCUCUGUCACCCAAACCAGAGUGCAGUGGCACAAUCUUGGCUCACUGCAACCUCCACCUACUGGGACAAAAUCAAUUAUUAAAAUAGAAGAAGUUCCUAUAGCUAUUAUCACUAGGGAAAUUACAGUGUUUUUAACCCUGGCCAACAGCUGGGGACAAAUCUAAAAUGUAUAUUGCUUAUUAUAUCACAGUAUCCCACAACCCCUCCCCCGAGUGCGAGGCGGUGACUAUGCAGACGUGAGACAUGCAGUUGCUCUCAGCCCACAAACUAGGCAGUGGUUCCCAAAAAAAAUUGUUUUGUCACCCACAGGAUGAAGAUACCAUGAUCCAGUUCAUGGACACACAACUGAAACAAAAGGUUCACAACAAUAUAUAAUUGGUCACAACCCACUUAACUGUAUUGAUGUCGUGACUUGCCAUUUUGCCUUUGCCAGAAUGUUAUACAAAUAGAAUCACGCACCAUGUAACCUUCUGAGGCUGACUUCUUUCACUUGAUGUAAUGCUUUUGAAAUUCAGGGCCACUUCCAGCAACCCAGUCUCCUGCCAUGUCCGACCCCAUCACGCUGAACGUCGGGGGGAAGCUCUAUACAACCUCAUUGGCAACCCUGACCAGCUUCCCUGACUCCAUGCUAGGUGCCAUGUUCAGCGGGAAGAUGCCCACCAAGAGGGACAGCCAGGGCAACUGCUUCAUUGACCGUGACGGCAAAGUGUUCCGCUAUAUCCUCAACUUCCUGCGGACCUCCCACCUUGACCUGCCCGAGGACUUCCAGGAGAUGGGCCUGCUCCGCAGGGAGGCCGACUUCUACCAGGUGCAGCCCCUGAUUGAGGCCCUGCAGGAGAAGGAAGUGGAGCUCUCCAAGGCCGAGAAGAAUGCUAUGCUCAACAUCACACUGAACCAGCAUGUGCAGACGGUCCACUUCACUGUGCGCGAGGCGCCCCAGAUCUACAGCCUCUCCUCCUCCAGCAUGGAGGUCUUCAACGCCAACAUCUUCAGCACCUCCUGCCUCUUCCUCAAACUCCUUGGCUCUAAGCUCUACUACUGCUCCAAUGGCAAUCUCUCCUCCAUCACCAGCCACUUGCAGGACCCCAACCACCUGACUCUGGACUGGGUGGCCAAUGUGGAGGGCCUGCCAGAGGAGGAGUACACCAAGCAGAACCUCAAGAGGCUCUGGGUGGUGCCUGCCAACAAGCAGAUCAACAGCUUCCAGGUCUUCGUGGAGGAGGUACUGAAAAUCGCUCUGAGCGAUGGCUUCUGCAUCGAUUCUUCUCACCCACAUGCUCUGGAUUUUAUGAACAAUAAGAUUAUUCGAUUAAUACGGUACAGGUAAAAGGACCCCAACAGCGUUGGAGACGGGGAGUCCCAAGAAGCUCAUGUCAGCCAGGUCUUGGAGGGCAUCUCGCCAGUGGUGCGAGGCGGGGACUGUACUAAUCUGUAUUAAUUGUGUAGCAGGACUUGAUUCCCCACAUGAUGAAGUCCACCUUUUGGAAUCCAUUGUCCUCUGAACAGAACCACCUUUUUUCUUGCCAUUUUGAGCUGCAGAUGGGCUAUUAUGACAAGUGAAGAGUCAGCUGAUGUGUACUAAAGGAGGCCACAGGAGGAUUUUCCAGCCGGGACAAAAGAGUGGCGGCUUUCUCCUGGGCUCCACCCGUCUGUACCACUAGCCAGUGCCACGUUUAUCCAUCUGUAAGAAGGCCCUGCUGGAGAGGAUGGGAUGAGAACAAGAGGCUACCUCUAGUUAACCAGGACAUAAAGUCCCCAGCAGUUCCUGUCACACCUGCUCCUCCCUCCCUAGGGUGCAUCGAUAAUUGUGAAUGUUUGCCCGGGGUGACCGUGUUUGGCUGGCUUGGAAUGCCAUGCAUUCUCAGAGCCCUGUUAGUGUCCCCUCCUGGGGGACAGAGAUGAGGUGUGGCAGGGUCUAGAGGAAUGAGUGUCCAGGCAGGGUUCAGAAGGUAGGAAUGUGCCUCUUGAUGGGGCUGAAUCAAGGGAUUCCUGGCUUCAGAAAGGGUCUGCUAUCUCUGCAAAGAUGUGCAAGAGUCUGGAGCCAGUGUAACGAAAGGCGCUUCCAAAUCCAGUCUGUCGCCUGACUUUUGUCAUUGUUUUCCCAAAAAUUUCAGGUAUCAUUGAAACAGGUCAUUUUAAACAAAUAUAUUAUGGAUUCUCAGGGUUAGAAAUAAUUCGAUGAUUAUUUCUCCCUCCCCCACCCCUAGAACACCCCAGCACAUCUGAGGAUGAGCGCCUCUCCCUGGGUACCAGCAAGUGAUCACCUUGGCCUGCUUGCAUACCUCAGCUCACAGGUAGUGCGCCAUCCCCAAGGCAGCUCCUGCCAUGGUUGGACGGUGCUGACUGUUAGAAAGUUCUUCCCUAUAUUGAGCCAAAAUCUGUUUUGCCACUUGCUGGAUCUUGAUGGCAGACCUUCGCUUUCACCCAGUUACAUAUCUUUGCUUUCAAAAUAGUCACCUUGAGAGGCCAGAAAUUUUUCUGAAAACAUUAUUACUCAGAAUUCAGAUUCCCCUCUGGGAUCUGUCUUCAGAAUCAAAGUUAGCUGUUUUCUAUCCCCUGUAAGUCGUUCCCUUUUGUUAUAGCUUCAUCUCGUUUGUGACCCCCAUUUCACCCACCUUCCCCACAAGCUAUGGCUCCAUAUGCCUUUUGACCAUUUUCUGUUGGAAGAGGAAGAUUCGCGGCCCCUGAGGAGAUCCGGAGGAAAGAGACAGGGUCUCCGAGCGUGCUGGGCAGCAAGGAGCCCAGGAGUGGUGUGGACCAUUAUAGUGCCCUUAGGGUAAAUGUGUGGCCCCUAAGACCCUGCCCUCAGGAAGGUGGCCUUCCCCUGCAGUCCUGUGUCCUACCCCUGGGUCUCCGUGGGGUGCCAUCCAGGGCAAGCAACCCAAGCAGUGCUUCCCACCGGGUGAUGAGCUGUGCAGGCCUCCAAACUGCACGUCAUGAUUCAUCCCUAAAGUGAGUUUGGCCUUGAGAGUCCCAGGGUCCUCCCCCUGGGCAGGGGUCCUCAGACAAAGCCAAGGAAGCCUGGUGACACAGGCACCCAUGGGAGGUGGACCCAGAAAGGGGCUUCCCGUAGAUAAGCCCUGUGAGUAGGGAGCUUGUACACUGGGCCAUGGGCAGAGCCAGCUCCCUUGAGCAGUAAGGGCCCUUUCCCCCCUAAAUGGGACCCAGGAGUCUCUCUGACAGCUUUUCUGCCAGGUGCAGUGGCUCAUGCCUGUAAUCCCAACACUGGGAGGCUGAGGUGGGAAGAUCACCUGAGGUCAGGAGUUCAAGACCAGCCUGGCCAACAUGGUGAAACCCCACCUCUGCUAAAAAUACAAAAAUUAGCUGGGCAUGGUGGCAGGCGCCUAUAACCCCAGCUAUUUGGGAGGCUGAUGCAGGAGAAUCUCUUGAACCCAGAUAGCAGAGGUUGCAGUGAGCUGAGAGUGUGCCAUUGCACUCCAGCCUGGACGGCAGAAUGAGACUCCAUCCCAAAAACAAACAGCUGUCCCAGGCCAACAGUACUUGGGAAAGCCCUUCAUGGAGAACCCAGUUUAGAGCAAGUAGCAAAAGCUGUGGUCACAACAAAACAAUGUGAGGAAGAAAUCUUACAAGUCACCACUGCCCUUUUUCCUUUUCCAUAAAACUGUCCAUCUUUUCGGUGCUCCCUAAUCCAAGCAGCUUGACUUUAGAGAAAUUGCAGAAGCAGUGAAGCCUCUAACACGCUGUGUGACUUUAUGUAAGUCACUCACCUUACUGAGCCACCUCCAUUUCUUCAUCUGUGAAAUGGGCAUAACAGUAAUACAUAACCCUACCUACCUCACAGGGCUGUUGUGAGGAUCAAAUGAAAUAAUGUACGUGAGAAUACAGUAUAAAUGAUAAAGGACUGUUA